AUGUACCGAUAAUACGAUUACCCAUACUCCCCAUCCAAAUCAUCAAAUACUAUAGAUGAUAUGGAGCAAAGGCUGAAUGCAGUAAUUAAUGCGAAUGAAAAAUUGAUUUCAUUAUAGACUUUACUGUUAAAAGAAAAGAUUUAAGAGAAUGAUUAGUUGAAAGAAAAUAUUGAUAUUCUUUACAAUAAUAAUCAAGAACUAUCUGAAAUCAAUAUAUAACUCUGUGAAUAAAUCAAAAGGUGUAAAAAUUAGAAAUGUGCUUCAUUACAUCAGAAAAACCACAAUGAAAUGGAGAGAGAACUCACAUAAUUAAAGGAACUCAUAGUUUCAAAGGACAGAGAAUUGGCAAAUUAUUAACAGCACUUCGAGGAAGAGUUGCAGUUAGAAAUCACCUAAAAGGAUUAUAUUGAUAAAAUCAAAGGUUUGGAAGAACAAAAUUAAUAAUUAAUUCACGAAUUGGAUUUAGUAACAAAAAAGUUAAUAGAGAGCCAAAGAGGAUCAUUAAAUAACUACGAUAAUAAUUACUAAACAUAAUAAUAUGAAUAGAUCAUUGAGGAUUUAUAAUAAAAAAUUGAAUAGUUGAGUAAGUUUUUAUCUCAGAAGGAUGAAGAAUUGUAAUAAAAUAAUAAUAAAUAAUACCUAGUUCAAAUAGAAUAAUUGUAAAUAGAGAAGAUAACUCAAUCAUUAUAAUUGGAAGAAUAUAAAAAUAAAAUUAACAAACUAUAGUAAGAAUAGGAAGAAAAAAAUAACAUAAUUGAUCAAUUGAAAAAAAAUUAUAGUCUAAAUUCAUCUAGAAACGAAAUUAUACAAAAAUAAAAUAUGAUAUAGAAUAAACAUCAAUAUAUUAAAAUAGAUUAAAAUGUUUUAGAAUUAAGUGAUGAUAUCGAAACAACUGUGAAGAGAAGAACAAACUUUGAUUAUCAAGCAGGAAAAUAUAAUUAAUCGGGAAAAGGAUUUCUAGAAUAGAAAAGUCCACGUUCUUAAUUUUCAGAUUAAGAUUCUUAUUUAUUUUUAUGUGAAAAAUUAUAGUAAGAUUUGUAAACCGAAGAGAAAUAAUAUAAUGACCUUGCUAAUAAAAAAUAAAUGGCAGAUAUUGAAAAUGAUAGGCUUAUUAAUUUAAUCAAGGAGUUAGAAUACUCAAUCUAAGAAAAAUAAUUAUUAAUUGAGCAUUAAGACAAUGAGAUUAAAUCUAAUUAAAGAAAUAUCAGGAAAAAAGAAUCUGAACACAAGAAAACUAUAAUCUAGUAGCAAGAUGAUAUGCAAAUUUAUGAAGAUAAAUUAAAUGCUCUUGAAAAUCUUAGAAAAGAAGAACUCAGAAUCUAUGAAUAAUAAAUUUCUCAAAUCCAAAGUUAACUAAAGCAAAAAGACAUCGAACUGAAAAAAUUGUAAGAUUAAACUAAAGAUAAGCACAAAUUAUAAGCCAAAAUACAAUCUCUGAUUGAAGAAAAUAAAGAAAUAUAAUAAAAUAUAUAAAUAAAAGAUUAAAAGGAAGAAGAUUUAAAAACAAAGGUUGCCUUGCUUUAAUAGUAACUCAAAACAAAGGAGUUAGAUAAAAGUUAAAAUUCAAAUAGAAUUUAUGACUUAGAGAGUUAGAUAAUAUAACUAAAAUUAGAAUUAGAACAAAAUAUUAUAAAUGCUCAACUUUAAACUGAAAUCAAUUAAAAAAACGAGUAAUAGAUGAAAUUGAAAGAAUUUCAAAUUAACAAACUAUAAGAUUAAUUAAAAGAAGCAAGCAACAAAUAAAAGGAAAUAAUUACAGAAAGAGAACUUGAAAACUAGAGAAAUUAUUAAUAAAUUGACGAGCAAAAUGAUUUAUUAAGAAAGUAAGAGUAUGAAAUAAAGAGACUGCAAAAUUUAAUUUCUUAAAGACCUUUAGAGAAAAAUUUGAAUAUUUAAUCUGAAAAUUUAGUCUUAAAAGAAUAAAUUGAGGAAUUAUUAAAUUAAGAAGCAAAUUUAGAAUAGAAAGUUAUAAUAUUAGAAACACAAUUGAAAGGUAAAGAUCAAGAAAUAAUUGUCACAAGCUAAAAGUAGAUCUUAUCAAAUGCAGAAUUGCAAACUAAUAUGAAAAAGUAAGAGGCAGAUUUUAAUGAUAAGUUAAUUGAAAAGGAAUAAUAAAUAUAGAAAUUAAUAAAAGAAAAUUAAUCAUUAAAUUAAGAGAAUGAAUAGUUACUUCAUAAAAUUAAAAAUCAUGAUUCUCGAAAUGCUUAAUUAGAAAUGAAAGAAUAAUAAGAAUUAGAAUCCCAUAGAUUAGAAAUAUAAAAGAAAAUUGAUCAAAUUCCAUUAAGUGAUGAUGGCACUACUUUGAGUGAAUUAAAUUCGUAUCGUAUGGAUGAGUUAAAAACCUUUGCAUCUUAAUUGGAAUCACAGAAUAAAAAGGAUUUAAUAUAAACAGUAUUAGAUUAAAAAAUUGAAAUGGUUUAGAAGAAUGAUUAAUUAAAUAAUUAAGUUUAAAUAAUCGAAGAAUUAAAAUCAAAAAUAAAAAUGAAUGAAGAAGAAUUAAAAGAUCAAAGAGAACUUGUGGAAUCUAAACAAAAAUAAUUAGCAGAAUUAAACAGUUUUAAAUAAUCAAUAUCCUCUCUCGAAAAUUAAUUGAAGGUAAAAGAAUAAAGUCUAAAGAAAGCUUAGGAAGAAAAUAAAGAAUUACAAUAAUAGAAACAAAUAGUAAUUUAGUAGAAAAAAUAAAAUGAAACCCAAUAAUAAGAAUCCAAAAAACUUUAAGAUGUUAUCUAAAAUUAAGAGUAAUAAAUGAAGACGAAAGAUGAGAAUUUAAAAAAGUUGUAAGAUUAACUUAGAGAAUUAGGCAAGAAGAAUGAAUAAUUAUCGAAAGAUUUAAAUUAAAAUAAAGUCUUAAAAGAUGAAGUUGAGAAAUACAAGAAUGCUCUUAACCAAAAGGAAGAAGAACAAAAGAACUUAUAAAAUUAAAUUAGUAAUCAGAAAAAGUAAGAUGAUCAAAUUAAGAAAUUAUAGUAACAGUUGGAAAAAGAAACAAAAACUAAAAAAGAAGAAAUCGAAAAAUUACAAAAUGAAAUAAAUGAAUUGAAUUAAGAGUUAUAGUAAGCCUAAUAAUUGAAUUACAAUUAAAAAAAAUUAGAGGAUUAAGUGAAGAAGCUUUAAUAAUAAUUAGAUUAAUAAACUGAGAAAAGUAAAAAACAAUUAUAAGAUUCUGAAAAGAAAUAAUAAAAUUUACAAAAUCAAUUAAAGGAGACAGCUGAAUAGUUAUCAGAAUGGGAAGAAAAUGAUCUUACAAAGGAAGAAUAAAUAUAAAAACUUGUUCGAUAAGUAGAAGAAUAUAAGAAGAAGGAGGAGAUGUUUUAAAAACAAGGGAAAACUGUAAAGGAGCUCUAAGAAUAAUUAAAAUAAGCAGAAAAAGUUAAUAUAGAAUUAUAGAAGGAAAAAAAAAAUUCAUAGGCUGAAAAAAAUGGUUAAAAAGAAAAUUUAGAAUAAGAAAUAAAAGAAUUGAAAGAAUAAAUAACCAAAUUAUAAAAAUUGAAUAAUGAACUUGUUAUUUAUGAAAAUAUCAUUUAAGUAGAUGUUCGCAAAAUGUAAGAAUUGUAGAGAAAGAUAGAAUGCUUAGAAAAUAAUUAGUCAUAAUAAGGUUCAAAAUAAAAUAUUGAGACAAAGAGCUAAGGCGUGACUCCAAGAAAAUAAAUUAGGGGAAGUUCAGUCAUGAAAUAAAAUUAAGAUUAGAUUUCACAGAUGACCCUUGAAUAAUUAUAGUAGCAUGUUAAAAAAUUAGAAUAAAUAAUAAAAGAAGCAGGAUUAGGUCAUAAAAUAAACUGA